GGGGGGGAAAUGCGGCGUCAGUACACCGCGAGCUACCGUCUGGUUCGCGUCGCGUUCUCCGACGUUGUUAUUUCGUCCGGUUUCUAUCUCUCUCUCUCUUCCUUUCUCUUUCUCUCUCCUUUAGUUUCUCCACCAUUCAUCGAUCGCUCGAUGUUCACCGGUUCCUCGUUAAGGACACGGAUAAUCCUCUCCUGAUCGCUCCAGGACGCUAACGAUCACCGGAGCGACAAGGGGUUGAUGGUGUAGGAAGGGAGGGGAGGUGGAGAGAUGCGAUCGUUCCCGGGCGACCAGCGGUUUUCCAUCGCAGAACUACGACCCCGUUGAUCGGUUCGCCAAGAGGAAAACGAGACAGCGUGGCGUCCGGCUCCAUUGAACGACCCACCAGGCGACAACGUAACCGAGCGGCCGCCGCUGGAACGGGAUGACUGCGAGGGAAGUCACCCUGGUCGGCGGCUCUCCUUGGGGAUUCCGCAUGCACGGCGGGCACGACCUGCAUCAACCCCUACGCAUAUCCAGGGUUAAUCCCGGUAGUAAAGCGGCUCAACAGGGCGUGAGAGAGGGUGAUUUAAUUAGUAGUAUUAACGGAAGAAGCACCCGGGAUCUAACAAACAGCGAAGCGCAUGCACUCUUACGGAAUGCUGGGGACCAAUUAAAACUUGGUUUGAAUCAGGACAACGACGACAAAGAAUAUAAGCACAUCGAACACAAAAAUUCUAUCGACAGAGUCUAAGAAGAACGAAACGAAUGACACAAAAUCUGAUCAUAGCUACGUAAAUCAAAACGGUGGACCGAAGACUUCUUCGAUCGAGCAACGAGACGAAAUCAAAACAAGAUUCCACGAAUCCUCGGGGCACGCGACAGACGCGGAAGAGACGGACAUGCCGCAGGGCGCGCGGAACCGCAGAAAUCGCAGGGGUCGCAACAAAAGGCGACUCCACCGGCCCGAGCGGGUUGCGAACGAAGAUGACAAACAGCCUACGAACGCGGAAGCCCUCGAGGACGUGGCUACGAACGAGAAUCUAGAAACUGAAUCGACCGAAAUCGAGCCCGAAGACGCUCGAACAUCAACGAGUCCGCGGGAAACAGCUUCAAGAACGCUCAUACAGGAGGAACAGAAGAUUGAAAAGGAGACUGUGAACUCUGACUUCAAGGACGAGAGUUUAGAAACAGAACUAACCGAAUCCGAGUCCGAAGAUGCUCGAACAUCGAAGAGUGUCCGGGAAACAGCUUCAAGAAUGCUCACAGAGGAGAAACAAAGGAUCAAGAAAAUGACUUUGAACUCUGACUUCAAGGUAGUCGAAGUGAAGACGAUCAGCAGCCUGCCGUUGGCUGCCACGAUCGAUCACAUACCGGGCGUGGGGAUUUUGGAAGUUGGAGGCAAGGACAAAACCGGGGACGUGGUGACGAUCUCUGAACCGGUGGAGUCGUUCCGCUCGGUGAAAAAGGUGGAUAAAAGAUUGCAGAUUCACGAUGUCAGCGACAGCGACGUGGAGACCGAUAGCGUCAGACCGGUGAUCGUGGAGGCGGAGACGGAUCAGGAGGAUCCGAGGCGAGCUUGGGACAGCGUGAUGCCUAAAGACGUGGAAAGGAAGCUCAGGAGCUUCAUAGAGGAUCUGAAGUUGCCCUCUUACUCGGAAGAAGAGGUGUGCAGGCAGGAGAGGACCAGCUCGUCGUACAAGAAGGUCAGGAAACGCGGGAAUUACGAGCACUAUCAGGCGAGCAGGUUUUUGGAGAUUAUACAGGAGGAGGUGGAGAAGCUGUCCGAAGACGAGGAGCAGCAUAUUAGAGACUUCAUUAAUGAAGAGAUUGGUAAAUACCGGAGAGAGGAGCGAAAGCUCAAGAAUGGAUAUGAUAUCGAAGAGGAAGAGGAUAUUGAUGAAGAAGUUGACAGGGAUGAGAGAAAAGGAGAGGAAACGUUGAGUGGAAAAGUGAAAUCGGAAAAUACUGGGGAUGAUUUUGAUGGACAGAUGUCAUUGGAUGAAGGGGAUAAUUUGCAGCCUCGAGCGGGGAGGAAGAGGCGAAACGUAACGAUAAAUGUUGUCGAUGUGGACAGUGAGGAAAAGAUUGUUGAAAGGUCAUUGAGACAUAAAGAAACGAAUGAGGAUUCGAAGAUAGGUGAUGAAAUGGGGAAGAUUGAUGAUGAAAUCUUGAAAGACGAAGAAGUGGAGUUGAGCUGUAUUGAAGAAAAGUCGAAUGGAGAAUUGGAGGUAAAUGAUGAGAAGGAAUUGAGGGAUAAACGGGGGAUGGAGAAUAUUGCGAGAGAAAAUGUGAUUAACGUGGAAAACGAAAAAUCGAUUGGGGAAACGAUGGAGACUUCGAGUGAGCAGACUGAAUUGCAGCCAGAUUCAAAAAUUGCAGAAGAUACCAAGUUAGAGGUAUUGGAACAUGAAGAAACUGGUCGUAUUGAUUUAGAAACAAUUGAAGAGGUAAUAGAGAGUAUUCAUGAAGAUAUAGAAUUACAGACAGCUCAAAAUGUAACAGAAGAUUUAGAGAUGAAAGCGUUAGAACGUGAGAGAACUAAUCAUACUUAUUUACAAUCGACUGAAAAAAUAGCGGAGACUCCCCACGAAGAUACAGAAUUACAGCCAACUUCAAAUGUUACAAACGAUUCGAGAACAGAAGUAAUAGAGCACGAGCAAAGUGAGCAUAGUGAUUCAGAAUUGGUCGAAGAAAUAACAGAGACUUCGUGUGAGGUCACAAAAUCGCAGCCAUCUUCGGAGGUAAUAAAUGAUUCAAAAAUAGACGUUUUGAAAGAAAAUGGAACCUGUCAUACUGAUUCGGAGCAAAAAACUUUGCAAAACAAUAUUGAUAUAGAUGAAAUAUGUAAAGUGGGAGAACCAAAAUUAAACGUUAUUAAAGGAAACGAGAAUAAACAAUUAAAAUUAGAACAGAGGGAAGAAUGUUCGUCCGAAUCGAUAAAGAAGGAAGAGUGGACUUCUGAAACAAUGAAGAAGGAACAUAUUGAAAAUAUGAAUAUGACCAUAGUAAAAAAUAUAAAAUCUUACAAAAUGGAAUCUCAACUUCAGGAAAGAAGAACAACAAGAGAAUCACAGUCUACUUCUGAAAUAACAAAAGAUCUGAAAACAGAAAUAUCAAAAGAAGAAAAAACCGGCCACAUCGAUUUAGAUCCGAAAAAUUUGCGAGCGAACACCUAUGUGAAACUAAGUGAAAUAUUAAAGGUAGAAGAACCAGAAACUACAGAAAAAAAUGCAAAUAAACGAUUGAAUUUAGGAAAGAAAGAAGAAUCGAAGUCUGAAACAAAAGAGGAACAUAUUGAACAUAUAAAUACGAUUAAAUCAGAAAAAUUGAUGUGCUCUCAAUCUGAUGAUCCAAAAAUAUCAGAAAAAUCACAGUCGAAAGUAUUAGAAUUCGAGGAAACUGAUGAUGUAACAGAAAGUAAUAUAUUUAAAAUUGAAUCUGCACAGGACAUAAAAUUAGAAACAGACUUCAAUGAAGUCUUAAGAUUAAAUAAAGUAGAAGAUCAAUUGUCUGAUGCAACUGCCAUUGAGCCUGUCCAACAAUUGCUGUCUCAGUCAAAAAAUGAAUCGAACUCGCACAGUAAUCAAAAUUUUAGCACCUCUAAUUUAACAGAGGUGAAAGUGGAGACACUGUCAUCGUCCAAAAGUAACAUUAAAGAAAACAUCUUAAAAACACCAUCACCAGAUCCUCUUCUGAAAAAGGACAAUGAUCCUCAGUCGAUAGUUCAGAAACCAACAAGUUCAGAAUUCACACCAAAUAUCACAAUAACGAACGAACGACGACCUCCAACACCACCGCAGAGGACUUCGAGUCUGUUAGACGCCGAGCACUCGACGAAGCUUCAGGAUCCACCGGCUCCUCCAGUUCGACGAUCGAUUCCAAUCGAUCCUCCUACGCGACCCCCUUUGCCAAACGAAAAUCUGGCAAUUGUCAAAGCUCUGAGCACCGUCAGACAUUUAUUGACGGAUAUAUCGAGCAGUGACGCGACCGUCGAGAAUAUUCACGAGUUACUCGACAAGGUGGACUCGUCAACGUUGUCCGAGCAGCUACGCGCGAUCAUCGACGAUCUAAGGGCCCGGGGGAUCCGAAAUUUCCAAAGUGACAGCAUCAACACAUUACGCCAUCGUCUCGAAAGACUUGGCAAUGGGACGGGUCCUGAAAUAACGCGUGACCGGUUACCCGAAAACUCGCGCGAAAAAUGGCCGUCGCGCGAGUCUUCGACGGCAGUACGCUCGGAACGAGCAGCGAUGGCCGAAAAACCUCCGGAAGGAUCAUCGAAGCCGUCAAAAUCGGUUGAAAAUGGAACCAGCGAUGAGAUCGAUCAUAAAAAUAGCGAGGAAGGGUCCGAAGAAGCCUGCAAUGCAAGCGAACAGCAGCUAGACGCGGAGAAGUUCGAGGCUAGAGACUCGUCUAGCAGCGCGACCACCUUAAGCACGGUGAAGUACAAUCCUAUGGAGGCCUGGCAAGCGGACAUUUACGCGAUAAUCGCCGAGGAAGCUAGGAAAAGUAAACAAAAGGACUUAGACACGUCCAGUUUGAAGAGUAAGCUAUCCUCUUUGAAGGCCGAAGAUUCGAAUACCCUAAACGGAAAGGACAUAUCACCAGAGCCUAUACCGUAUUCGCCAGUAGAAGACCUCUACUACGUGCCACUAGAGUGCGGUCGUGAAUCAGCCGGGAAACACCCGGUAGACAACUCCAGGCCGGAGUCCCUGAUGAAUCUCUGCAUAAAGCGAAUCCUGUCGAUGCCCUAUGGCUUGCAAAUAAUCAACGAGAUAACAACGCCGACAUUUAACAUCUUUGAAAGCCUGCACUCUAUCCCCAGCGUGCCGAGCCCCGAGGCAGCCGGACUAACACUCGACACGCGGGACACCGCUGUUUCAGAGCCGAAGAAGUCGGCCGCGAUGGACAAAGCCGCUUCGGAGUGUUGGCUGGGCCUGUCCACGAGGGACCCCAGGCUGCUAGUAUGUCUCUCGCCGUCGCAGCAGAAGGCUGCGAUCAAAACCAGUCCUGACAAUCUGCUGAACCUCCACGCGAAGUUCCUAAACAGACACAGGUACUACCAAGCCGAACCGCCUCGCGUGGACGUGCCGAAGUUCAAGGUCGAGGUGAAGAAGCCUGAAACAGCUGACAGGCCGAUCAGGCUGCUGGAGAUUCUGAAGGAGAAUUCCGGCCAGCCGAAAACGGCCGACGACCGUCUGUCGAGUCGACAGGCUGAGUACGAGAGGGAUCAGCGUCUAAAGGUCACCAAGCUUCGUGACUGGUUGAACCUGGCGAGACGCGAUAUCAUGGGCCACGCGACAUCUCUCGCCGAUGAUUUAUUAAUAGAACCGUCGGCCGAGGGAAUUCAGGCCGAUAAGCGGGACGGCCGCGCGAAAGUCAAUAGUUUCAACUUGAAUUCCGCGGAAAGAAGCUCGUCGCCGUUUCGGAAGAGUCCUAUCACGUUAAAUAGUGCGAUUAUCGACAAAACGCCGGGCAUGCCGGACACCGGGGCCAAAAAGGUCCCCCGAAAGACGAUCGAGCCACGCCAUGGCGUCAAUCCGGCGUUGAUCGACGACAAAGUCGAGCCGCCAGCACCGGCGAAGCGUGUGGUCAACGUGGACAGGUCUUGCAUCGACACUACUAGCAUUUUCGAUCAGAGUCCAGCUAGAAAGCACCUGGAGCCUAGGAAGUACAAGAACCAGGAGGAUCUGAAGCAAGAAACCGUCUCGGAAAUUUUGGAUAACUUGAAGAAGCUCCAGUUGAUCGGCCGCGGGAAGCCCCACACGUCGAAAGAAUACUUGCUGCAACAGUUGAAGGAUAUAGAACGGAUGGAGGACCAGCUGAAGAAUGUUAUACUGGCCGAGGAGGAGGAGAGGGAGGCGUUCGAGGAUUUUCAAACAUUGAAGGGUGAGCAGGAGAAGGAUACCGAGGGCUCGAAAGAUAGCGAUAAGAUUGAGGAUCAAAGGCUGAACGGGAGGUUCUCCAACGGAGAGGAAGAUCGUUCCGAGGUGAUCGAUAAACACGAGCAGAGGGACUCGUCGAAGAAGGUCCUUCAUGGCGACGGUUUUCGUAGCGAGGAGUCUAGCGAGCAAUUCGAGAGCGUGGUGAUCACCAAGAAAGAGGACAGCAGCAGUCAGCUGAAGGAUGAGACUCGUAAAGGGAAAUUGAAGAACUCGGAGUCGUUCCGACAGCGAAUGUACGAGGAGUACGUGCACAAGGUUCUUGAAAGAGAGGAGAGGAAGCUGCACAAGGUGGUUAAGAUCAGCACCCACGAGGACAUUAAUAGAUCUGACGAUAAGUCGGGAAAAGAUGGCACUAACGUGGAGAAGGAGUUCAUCGAAAAGGCGAGGAACAGGCUAAACAAAUACGGCAUUAAUCUGGACGGAAGUGAACCAGAAGUUGAGAGAGAUUCCGACGGGAAAGAGGAGGUUAAGAAGAAGUGUCUGAUCGACGGGAAGGAAUUCGGGGACGCGAGAAAAUUGCCGAAGCAUCUGCAAGAGUUCCUCAAGAUGCCCGACGACGAGAACGUUAUGUUUGCUCCUACUUUUAAAGCUUCGUCCGCGACACCAGGCGUUUGGUCGCCUGGAAGCGAGCCACCACCACCCCCAAAGGAACGGAGUCCCGAACGAAAAGAAUCCGAGAAGGACGCUACGAUCCCUCCAGUCUGGACACCAUCCAGCGCAACUUCCAGUCCCGUGCCAGAGAGAAAAGAAUUUCGACCGGUACAAUUCCAAAGUCCCGUUCUAAGUCGAAAAAAAUUAGCCCAGCAGGAAGCACAAGAAGCAUCACCACCUUGGGAAAAGGGAGAAGCAAAGGAGACGACGGAAACCAGUUACGAUAGCAGCAGUUCCCGAAUCGUUAAUUCUCACUCGGCUCCAUCGCAAGGGUUAAAUUCACUCGCUUCGACACCCCGUUUGCCGCGCGCUCAGAACCCGACAAUCACGCUGCUGCAGAAGGCUCGAGAGGGACAGUUACCAAAGGGUGCAGCAUACUUGGAAGAAAGCGAGACCGUGAAACGUCCGCCAAGCGACGAGAAGCCGUUAAUCAGUCCAGGUGAAAUAAUCUACACGGUGAAGAAAGAGUACGAGAGCGAGCCGGAAACGGAAAACGAACCGCCGAAGAAGAUGGCCGAUUUGGGUCCUCGAAAAUUCGAGGGUAUUGGCCCAACGACUAAGGAGGGUAUUCCCCUUGUCUUGAGAUCGGAAGUGAAGGAGAAUAACCAAACGAAAUGGUACAAGAAAAUGUACGACUCGUUGCAUCGCGCGGACAGGAACGAUGAUUACGUAACCAUUCGUUACAAACCAAGAAGAGGAACAAGGUACGGUUACGGAAGUGGUUAUUUAAGUGAACCGGAACAUCGUUUGUAUACGGAACGUUCUGCAACGAUUGAUACCCAUCGUCGCUUGCGUAACAAAGAAAAUGACUUCUCUACGUCUACUAUGCCUAGAAAGUAUGAAAAGAAUGGGACACUGAAGUAUACUACAGACAUUUACAAGAAUCAACCAGGACGAAUCGAGGACUACGAGCCAGGACGAUCGUCUAUCGCCGAAAAAGAAGCCAAAGAGUGGUGGGACGAGGUCAUGGACAUAUUUGACGGGUGGUUGAACGAGAAUGGACAUCCUCAGGGUACGGGCUCGGAACGGGAUCUUCGGAACGGGCGGCCGCUGAGCUACUACCGCGGCCCGGCGGAGAACCCGUUCGAUCAACGUGACAAUCGUCCGGUGAAACCGUACAUGACACAUGCUCUCAAAGAAUCUGGCUACGAAAGUGAUUCGACGCUCGUGUUUCGCCGUAAGGAGGACAUAAUUCCUCUGAGUCAAUUCGAGCAGAGAUUGGCUUACAAGACAGUGCAGAGCGGCGGUGACGUUCCUCUUCAUGGACUCCGUAAGCCAGCCCCGGAACGGCCGAAGGAAUACUCGAACGCACCCCCGCCGCCACCAAAAUCUCAGCAUCACAGAGACGACUGCCAAGAAUCACCGAGGCGUUACGUGGAGGGCGAGGUGACGAUUCACUACCGUUCGCCAGUGCGUACAGAGGCGAAAGAGCCAUUGAGCGAGGAAGAGCUCGCUCGGCGUAGUGCGGAGAAUAUGCGACGCGUUUAUCAGGAAGAACGUCGUCGCAAAUAUCUACAAGAACUGCACGAUAUUGAUUCACGGCGACAUACCGACAACUUCAUACCAUCCCAGAAAUCGCCGAUUCCUCUGAACCGUUACGACGAUUUCGUCGACGACCUCAGCCACAGAAGCAGAUCCCAGGAGCAAACGCCGGAACCGCGGCUCGUAGCGAGAGCACUUUACAACUUUAUCGGCCAGUCUCCUAGAGAAUUGAAUUUCCGUCGCGGUGACAUUAUAUUUGUCCGCCGCCAGGUAGACAAGAACUGGUACGAAGGUGAACAUAAUGCCAUGAUCGGAUUGUUCCCCUCGAAUUAUGUUGAGAUUUUGCCAUACGAUGGCAUGCGAACGACACCAAAGAAACCUUACGAGGGCCAGGCACGCGCUAAAUUCAACUUCGUCGCUCAAACGAAUCUUGAACUUUCCCUCGCCAAAGGUGAACUCGUCGUGCUGACGAGAAGAGUCGACGAAAACUGGUACGAGGGACGAAUUGGAAGCAGGAAAGGGAUAUUCCCUAUAUCUUACGUCGAAGUUUUAACAGAGCCUGGUCACAGAUCAGAGACACCGACACAAAGCAAGCCAGUUGCUUCUCCAGCGGCGCACAGCCUCUUAGCAAACGGAUCAGCUGGAGGAAAAAUGAGUAUGGGACCUCAUCAUUAUAUGCCGUCCAUACCAGUUAAUAUAAACACAACCCAGCCCCAUUACAACUCACUGCCACGUAUGGGAGGGAGCAAAUUGCAUGUUACGCAACUCAACGAAGCAUUGCACAUCAACACACACUCCGAGCCGACACCAUACCGAGCCCUGUAUCCUUACAGACCUCAAAAUGAGGACGAGCUUGAGUUGAAAGAGGGAGACACGGUGUAUGUGAUGGAAAAAUGUGACGACGGUUGGUACGUCGGGUCGAGUCAAAGGACCGGUUACUUCGGUACUUUCCCGGGAAACUACGUCGAAAGAUUGUGAGGAAGGGCAACAACGAGCCGUGAUGAUCGAACUACAAGUUACUUUUACCAAAGCACUAAAUCGUUAGUAUAGACGAGUCUUCAUCGUUCACGCGUCGAUGAUAAGGAACAAAGAAACAGUCUUCCUUUUAACCAAUCACGACGUCGACACGUUGCCCUCGGGCAACACUGUCGCCGAUUUUACCAAAAAUCUUAACGUAAAGUUACCUAAUGUGUAAGUAGUGUAUAAUAACAACUAGCUAUUUAUUAUACCAUUCACGAGGGCGAAGUCUGGCGGACGUUGUACGGUAUCAGAAUUAAAGAUGGCUACGGAUAACUGAAACCUCGAGUCAUUAAAGUAGCCAGUCAACCUUAAGAGCAGCUGUUCGAAGGUCAAACAUAUGAUAUUUUAAGCUGAAGAAGUUGUAUCGAGGUUAAGAAAGCUCGAUGUAGCUUCUGCACACACAGUUGUAGAGCAUAUUGGUCUUUUGUUAAUGUAUUUGGGAUGAGAAACGUUUUGUCAAGAUUGGUAGGAAUCCAGAUUUUGAUUAGAUGCUAGAGGAGUGAAUACUUCGAGGAACACGUUUCCUUCUGUGUUUGGUAUCGUAGACAAAAACAGCCAUGCUAUUGUUAUAUUCAUGAGUAUCGGUAAGGAAUUUCUAAUUGAAAGUUUGCCUUCCCAAAUUAAUAUUUUUGUAAAGAUUAUUUGUACCCAGAGUUAUAUAUGAAUUAUAUAAUGUAUAGAAGGUUUACAUAUAUAGUUACAAUGUUAUAGAAAAAUAUAAUUAUAAAUAUCAUGAACGACGUAAUUAUCUAUGCACGUGUUAAAGUGCACAACAUAAUCAGACUAAGCUAAGAAUAUCGCCGAUAUCACAAAUAUCAUGUUGUCAUCGGAAAGAUUGCGUUACACCGACAAUUUUUCAAAAACGUUUCGCCAGGACGAUACACUAACAGCCUAUUCCCAAGACUAGAAAUAAAACUAAUGUGGAUCCACACGUGGAAAUCAGACAAUACUUAUACUAUUGUAACUUUGUAGAGCAGGAAAGGAAAAUGAAAUUGAGCACGUAGUAAGGGCAUUAAUUCAACGAAUUGCGACUAAUAAUCAUUUUAACUAUAAUUUUGGAUCGAGUACCCAUGUCUAUGCUGGUGUGUUUCAGAAUUCUAGGCACAGAGUGAACCGAUUUGUGAAUUUCUUGAAAUGGAAUAAAGAAAAUUUUAAU